UUUCAUUCAGAUGGAAUUAAUAUCAGAAUAUAAAAUCAAUCAAUCAAUCAAUCAAUAACUAUGAGCUAUCGUGGUGAACGUAAACGUCGCCACAGUAGUAGUGAUCAUGGUGAUGAUUUAUCAUCACAUGCACCACCACCACCACCAUCAUCAUCAUUAUUACCGCAAAGAUCCGGUGGUAUUUCAUCAUCACCAUCAUCAUCACCGGAAUGGAAUCGUUCAACAUCAAAUGGUGGUAGUGGUGGUGGUAAUCAUCAUCGACGUAAUCAUCAUUUAUCAUCACCAAAUGAUGAUCGAAUUGGUGGUGGUAGUCUUAGUCAUGGUUGGCUAUCCUUCAAAACAACGACAACGAUCAACAUCACCACCAUUUCCAUCUAG